UCUUAUCAAACCUUGUCUGUCGUAGACGUAGAAGAAACUGCGGCGAUCUCUGCAUGUUCUCAGAUGAGGACACUGCUCUUGUUCAUGCCGUUCAGAAGCUUUAUGCUUCUCUGAAUUUCAAGCUCCCACUCGGAACUUUCACGAUUCUGGCUGCGAUCGGCUUGACUUCCUCUAAUCCUUUGAUUCAGCCAAAGAUCAUCGCACUAGCUACGGGGUGCAAGUGCCUUCCAAGGGACAAGCUUCCACUGAAAGGCGAGGCUUUGCACGAUAGUCAUGCAGAAGUUCUUGCUCGUCGUUGCGCCAUUCGGUGGUUGCUCGAAGAGAUCGGUAGAGUGGCAUCUGAUGGAUCGCAUUGGCAUUCUGCGUGGAUAUCGAAAACGACAGAUGGUCGUUAUCGUCUUAAAGACGGCGUUCAGAUGAUAAUGUAUAUAUCAACACCUCCUUGUGGAGAUGCUUCUAUGCGGUUCCUCGCCAUUUUCCAAGACGAGGAGAUGGCGGCACUGAAGGAUGCUUCAGUAUUUGCACCUUUGCCCCCCAACAUUGCCUGCAGAGGACGGGAUAAUUACUCCCUUUUUGGAGUUCUCCGUACAAAGCCCGGACGUGCUGAUUCUCCUCAGACGUUAUCGCUGUCUUGCAGCGAUAAAAUAGCCCGCUGGAACGCACUUGGGAUACAGGGUGCUUUGGGCUCUGCGUUUUUUCACCCGAUUUAUUUGACAAGGAUCAUCAUUGGCGAAGUCCCGCAAGAUCUACAUGAUGUCGUGAAGUCGGAUUGUGAACGAGCGUUCUGGGGGCGUCUGCAAGAUAUUUCUGGCCUUCCGGAGGGAUAUAGUUUGAGUCGGCCGAAGGUACAGUUCACGUCGGUUAUGUUCGUGCAUUCAAAGUCAGCACAAGAGCAUUCUUCUCCUGCUCGACGAUCAUGCAAUGAAUCUUUGACUUGGGUCGCGGACUCACCAUCGCCGUAUGAGGUAUUGAUAAACGGCCUCAAACGAGGUGUUCCUCCGAAACAUCGCUACAAAACAAUCUUCUGGCCCAAGCUCUCCAAAGUCUCCUUGUUUCGCCUGUACAGAAAGACGAAGAGCUUAGAGAACCUGCCGCUUGAAAGUGAAACAACGACCUACCAUCAAGCGAAGGAGAGCAUGAACCAGUACCAGAUGGCGAAAAGCUGUUUACUAGGGGAAGGUCGGCCUUUUUCGGGGUGGAUUCGUAGUGGAGUUCAAUGGGAGAACUUUGAUUCUAGUAGUGAUAACGAACAACAAAGGACUGACAUUACGAAUUAG